ACAUGCAUUUACACUGCACGCCGAGGACUACGAUGAAAACAAAUCUUAAGGAGUCUAAACCCCACUGAAUUCAACUCUUGAAUUCCCUAUCAGAAUGGGAAUACCAGGCAAAACCGAGGGUUUUUUCCCAUUUAUUUAUUUAUUUUGAUACCAAAAAAGCGCCACAGUUGUUUAUGCACCAACAUUUACUGCUCGAUUUUAACAUCGUUGCGAGGAUCCUUCCGCUCCUUUUUUCUUGUCUCCAGCCCUUAAGAAUGGGUGGGUGGAAUACGGAUCGACUUGCUACGAACGGGAAAAAAUACCGGUUUUCGCCGCUGGCUGAAUUGCUACGAGGGAAACGGGACCGCCACAGUACUUCCGCAGCUGCUUCCGCCUCGAGUCCGGGCCUGACCCGGGAGUGGAUCGAUUGACUGACAGCUCUGAGAGGCGGCGCCCAGCUGGCGCCCGGGAAGCGGCAGCGUCGGCACCUCCGACAGGGCCGCUGCACCAUCAGUCACGGCGGCAAGGAUGAUCUCCCCGCGGAAUCGAGGCGGGGAGGUGGCCCGAUUCUACACGGUCACCGAGCCCAAACGCCACCCGCGGGGAUACACGGUAUAUAAGGUCACCGCGAGGAUUGUUUCACGAAAAAAUCCAGAAGAUGUUCAAGAGAUAGUCGUUUGGAAGAGAUACAGUGACUUUAAGAAAUUGCACAAAGAACUCUGGCAGAUUCAUAAGCACUUAUUCAGGCAUACAGAAUUGUUUCCUCCUUUUGCUAAAGCAAUAGUAUUUGGGCGAUUUGAAGAAGGUGUGAUUGAAGAGAGAAGACAGUGCGCGGAAGAUUUGCUUCAGUUUUCUGCUAACAUCCCCAUGCUCUACAAUAGCAAGCAGCUUGAAGAUUUCUUUAAGGAUGGAGAGGUGCAUGAUGGAUCUGAAUUGAUUGGUCCUGCAGAACCUCUGGUAGACUCUCUGACAGACAGCUUAUCUACCUGCAGUUCUGAAGCUCGGAAAGAUGUCCUUGAUGAAGUGACGCUUAGCCAGUCAGAAUAUGGAGGUUUAUCCAGUGACAGUGACUUGAUUUCUUUGACCAUUGAUGCAGAUUCUCUUGUUGAGUUAGAUGAUGGAAUGGCUUCUAACCAGGAUUCCCCCAGCACAUCACUUGGUCUCAGCUUUGCUGCUGAACCUGCAGUAUUGGCAUCUGCCAUUUUAGAUCAUGAACGGAGCAAAUCUGAGAGUGAGAGGGAGAGUCGGGGUUUAUUCACUGGGAGCUUGAAGGCCAAACUUGGCAGAAGAGAUUACUUGGACAAAGCUGGAGAACUGAUAAAGCUGGCCUUGAAGAAGGAGGAAGAGGAAGAUUAUGAAGCUGCAUUUGGCUUUUAUAGAAAAGGAGUUGAUCUGCUUUUAGAAGGAGUUCAAGGAGAAUCAAGUCCAACUCGUCGUGAAGCAGUGAAGAGGAAGACUUCAGAAUAUCUGAUGAGAGCAGAAAAAAUUUCCAGCCUUUACUGUAGACCCUCAUCAGAAGAUGGCUCAAUAUUUGGUCCUCCAGGAUCACUAAGUUCAAGGCCCUCUUGGAACCUAAGGAGCCCUGCCGAGGAACUGAAGGCCUUUCGAGUCCUUGGGGUGAUUGACAAGGUUUUGCUUGUAAUGGAUACUAGGACACAACAAACAUAUAUAUUGAAGGGUCUAAGAAAAAGUAGCGAAUGCAGCAGGAAGAGAAAGACCAUCAUCCCCCGCAGUGUGCCCAACAUGGUGGCUUUGCACAAGUACAUCAUCUCAGAGGAAUCGGUCUUCCUUGUGCUGCAUCACGCAGAAGGAGGCAAACUUUGGUCUUACAUUAGUAAAUUCUUGAACAGGAGCCCUGAAGAAAGCUUUGAAGCCCCUAAAUCCAGAAAAUCCAGCUCUACCAAAAUACAUUUGCAUCAGGCAAGUCCUAGUCCUCAGGAUAUCAACAAUAGCCUUGGCUCCAGAAGUAAUGGGGACAAUGUAUUAAAGGUUUUACCACUGCAGACCAGUCUCAUUCCAAGUUCUCAAGAUGGUAGUAGUAACCAAGAAGAAGAUCAGGAAAGCUCUCCUAAGUGGUUUGACUCUGGGUCUAGUUCCGAAGAGGAAUGUACCACAAGUUAUCUUACAUUAUGCAACGAAUAUAGUCAAGAAAAAAUUGACCCUGGUUCAUUAAAUGAGGAACCUGUCCUGAAACCAGAUGAUAACGUUCUCAUUUCCAAAGAGCAAAGAGGCCUCAAAGCCCAAGAUGAAGUUGUUCCAGGGAACUUGGAAUCUGCAUUCACAUGUCAGGAAAUAAAAGAGUUUGCUGACGAUGUGGAUCCAGAAGCUGCCAAUCCUACUAUGAUAUCAGAAUCAUUAAAUAAAUCCAAGAACAGCCCCAUGGAAUUUUUCAGAAUUGAUAGUAAAGAUAGCACCAGUGAACUUUUGGGUCUUGAUUUUGGAGAUAAACUUCAUAACUUAAAAUCAGAAUCUUUCAAGCCAUUUUUUCCUACGUUAGAUCAGGAUAAGAGCCUUGAAAUCACUGAAAACAAAUUAGGCUUUGCAUCUCAGGAUACUAUCAGCAGGGGUUCUAAUGACUCUGUGCCUGUGAUAUCAUUUAAGGAUGUAGCCUUUGAUGAGGUUGGUAGUAUUGAAGAAGGGAGACCUGACCUUUUGGUCAACUUGCCAGGCAUUAUGGAGCAAAUGAAAGAAGCUUCAGUGGACAGGCCAACAAAACUGACGGAACAGAAUGGAGACAUUUUGGAAAGCAAACUUUUGGAAACCCCCGAUGUCUUGCAAUUGAAUAACAGUGCAGAACAAAGCAGAGCGCUUGAGCAAAAGGUAGAGCAUCUGAAGGAAGAAAAAUCACAAGGACUAUACAAGGACAAUCAGGAAACAGCUAGGACAUUCCAUACAGCUGCUAGUGACUCAGUUGGUUUUGGAGACAGGACGGCCUUUCAAGGACUCAGAGAAGCAACAUCAUCAUCAUUAGAUAUUUUCAGCAUAAAGGACAAUGUCAUGGUUGCCAGUGCACAAGUAGUGGUUACGGAAGACAGCUUAGAUGUGGACAGUGAAGCUGUGUUGCUGUUUUCUGAUCAUGCUGAAGACCACUGUAAAGAGGGAACAGCCCCCUCUUUGUCACACAAAGCAGAAAGCAAAGAGGUGGAUGUGAGGAGCAGAGGAGAGAAUGAAAUACACCAUCUUUUUCAGGACUUGGAUGAGAGAUUAGCACUAACCUCCAGAUUUUACCUCCCUGAAGGCUGUGUUCAAAGAUGGGCAGCUGAAAUGGUGGUAGCCCUUGAUGCCUUGCAUCAGGAAGGAAUUGUGUGCCGUGAUUUGAACCCAAACAACAUCUUAUUGAAUGAUCGAGGACACAUUCAGCUAACGUAUUUUAGCAGGUGGAGUGAGGUUGAAGAUUCCUGUGACAACGAUGCCAUAGAGAGAAUGUACUGUGCCCCAGAAGUUGGUGUUGUUUUUGAAGAAACGGAGGCCUGUGACUGGUGGAGUUUGGGUGCCCUUCUCUUUGAGCUCCUUACUGGAACGACUCUCUUGGAGUGCCAUCCAGCAGGAAUAAAUACUCAUACCUGUUUAAACUUGCCAGAUCACAUUUCAGAAGAAGCCAGAUCACUCCUUCAACAGCUUUUGCAGUUCAAUUCUGUGGAACGUCUUGGUGCUGGAAUUGCUGGAGUUGAAGACAUCAAAGCACACCCGUUUUUUGCCACCAUUGAUUGGACUGAAUUAUCUAACUAAAAAAUUGUACAAGUUGUCUAUGCUUAGGCUGCAGACUUCCAACAGACAAUGUUCUUGGCUUGCUGCUAUUAUGAAGAUUUUAGAUGUUUCCAGACCAGGAUGAAUAAAUUGUAAAUUGGAAUCCAAACACCAUCUGAAAUGUUUAAA